AUGCCCUUCCCGCAGCAUCACCUCGGUCGCCAGCUCCGUCUCACCGCCAAGCGCUCCCCCCUCCCCGGUCCUCAAGCCCGAGCGCCCGCCCCGAAAGGCUCUAUCAGCACUGCCCGAAUGGGGAUGACCACCCUUCCUCCCUUCACAGCUCACCAGUUCAACCACAUGCUCAACAAGGUACCCACGAACUACCGCGAAAAGGCUUCGAGAACCACUUUUAGGCAAGAACAAGCUGGCCUCUUGGCUGGAUUCUGGGCCUGUAGUCUAGUUGGUUUCGGGUGUAUGUACACCACUGCUUUGUUGCUCGAAGAGAAUGAUGAUGGGGAAGGAUUGGCGGCGUUGCUGUUUGUACCGAAGCGAGUGGAAAAACCGGACACACACACACAUCUCUCGGGUGGGCUGCUUUGA